CAUUUCUAUUAAUAAUAUAAGACAUAAUUAAUCACUAUGUUUAUUGGCUUGAAAUUAAAUUUAAUAGAAUAUUAUCAACGUUUGUGAUUAUAUUUUUUAAUGCUUUUUAUUAAAAGUAUUUAAAAGUAACUAUAAUAAAAAUAUAUAUUAUUUUAAACGUAUAAAGAUAAUGAAACCACCUAUUGAGCCACGAAAGGAAGAUUGUUGUAAUAGUGGAUGUAACCCUUGUAUAUUUGAUGUCUUUCAACGACAGCUUGAGAAAUUUAAAAGGAGUAAAGAAACUGGUGAGAACAUAAACAAAGAUAAUGGCAUCUCUGAGCUUGAAUAUACAAAUUUUAUUGUUACGGACAUUAUAAAAUUGUCCGAAACACAAAAAUGCUUAAAAUUCAAGCUAUUUAAUAAUACAUGUAAAAAUAAAGUGCGAUGGAACCCUGGUGAACACUUUCUUAUAAAAUAUAUUUCUAAUGUAAAUUCUUGUUCAUGUACCAGAGCAUAUACACCUAUCAAGUUGAAAGAGCAUGAAAAUGAGGAUUUUGAUUUUCUUAUUAUAAUUAAAAAGUAUAAUAAUGGAUUAGUAUCAAAUCAUCUUUACAAUUUAGAAUUAGGCGCAGUUACAAUGUGGCGAGGACCAUAUGGCCAUUACAAAGUGGAACCAAACAAAUACAAUAGAAUCAUAAUGAUUGCACAAGGAACAGGAAUAGCACCAUUCAUAUCUAUUAUAGAUAACAUUUUAAACAAUGAAGAUGAUAUGACCAAAAUAGUUUUGUGUUUUUGUUGUAGAAAUAUUGAUGAAGUAUUAUUUAGAAAUGAGCUAUAUCAAUAUAAAGCUUACUGGAAUUUCUCAUAUAAAAUUUAUUUGGGGUGCUCCUUAGAAAAAAUAACUUCUAAUUUAAAAUACAAGGAACCUAUAUAUGUUACCAAGUUUGAUAUAAAAGAGUUAACCGAUCUAAAGCCAUUCGUUAAUAUUCAAUUUCUAGUGUGUGGCUCUGACCAGUUUAUGCAAGAAUAUAAAAAUAUUCUUAAAAAUGAAAAUUAUACUGAUAACAUAAUAUUAUUUUGACUAAGUGUAGAAAGAAGCAUUUAUUUUUUGCCAGUUUUGUAACCAAUUUGACAAUAUGUAACAAAAAAUAAAUACACAUUAUGUAU